UCUAAAAUGGAUGCGCCUUUCAUAGAAGGUUGUUCAAUUCCUAAUGUUGAUGGUCCUAGAGCGAAUGCCACUUUUGUCAUAUUGGCACGUAAUAAUGAAUUGGAUGAUGUGAUAUCUAGUAUGAAAUCGUUAGAAAGACAUUUUAAUCAAUGGUUUGGAUACCCCUAUGUGUUUUUAAAUGAUGAGGAGUUUAAUGAAGAGUUUAAAAUUGGUGUGAAGAAUUAUACAAUGGCUAAUGUUGAGUUUGGUGUCAUUAGUCCUGAUCAUUGGAAAUUCCCCAAUGAGGAUAGCGUGGAGUUUAAAGAAUGGGUGGAGACUCAAGGUGAUAGAGGUAUUAUGUAUGGUUCUAUGAAGUCGUAUCAUUCAAUGUGUCGGUUUUAUUCAGGGUUUUUCCAUAAACAUGAAUUGGUGAGGAAAUUUGAAUGGUAUUGGAGAGUUGAACCUGAUGUUGAGUUUUUCUGUGAUUUGACAUAUGACCCUUUUAUUGAGAUGGCUAAAUCUGGUAAAAAAUAUGGUUUCACAAUAAUGAUUAAAGAGUUAUGGGAAACUGUACCAAAUUUGUUUAGGUAUACUCAAGCUUUCUUAAAACAGGAUGGAAUCUCUAAAAAAAGUUCAUGGAGAUUAUUUGUGGAAAAUUAUAAAGACAAAUGGUUUUAUAUUGGUCGUGAUUUUGAAGAUAAAUAUGCAAAUUUCAAAGAUGAAAAAGAUCUGAAGAAUAGAGUAAGAGACUUGGUAAAGAUUAAACAAUUGUUGAAAAAUUCCAAGAAUAUAGACAACUCUGGUGAUUCUGAUUUGAAGACAGAUCAAUUGAAAGCACUCAUCAAAAAGGCAACUUCAGGAUCAAAACCUCUGCAAGGUGAACAAAUCGAUGAUGAAGAUUAUAACCUUUAUCAUUUUUGGUCAAAUUUUGAAAUUGCAAGAGUAGAUCUUUGGGAUAACCAUCUAUAUGAUUCAUAUUUCCAAUAUCUUGAAGAGACUGGAGGUUUUUAUAAAGAAAGAUGGGGUGAUGCACCUGUUCAUAGUCUUGCCGUUGGUUUCCUGUUGGAUUUACAAGAAAUCCAUUAUUUUAGGGAUAUCGGUUAUCAGCAUACCACAAUUGCUCAUUGUCCUUCAAAUCAUCCAAAUCAAUUACCUUAUGAAAGUUCUAAAACUUACAAAUCCAGUGACAAGAAGUUUGAAAAAUAUUGGUCUAAAUUUGAUCCCAAAAAACCUUAUGGUGUUGGUUGUAGGUGCAGAUGUCCCUCGGGUCAUAAAGAUAUUGAAGAUUCCAAUAAUGAUUUCUUGAAAGAAUGGUUUGAAAUGACACAAGAUGAUUAUCAGAAACCAAAACCAAUAAAUAUUAACAAGUUGGAAAGACAAGUGAGAAAAGAGCUA